AGGCCCAGCCCGCAUCUCUCGCCGGCGGAGCGACCCUGCUGCCGGGGGAGAGGACGCCAGGAUGGCCCAGGCCAACGCCGCCGAGCCAUUCUCGAUACGGGGGUUCGCCACGAGGAUGCGGGCCGUGGACACGGCCAAGUGCUACCCGUUCGGCGGCGGCUGCUGGGCGGAGGGGGAGCCGCCGCCGCCGCCGCUUCCGCCGAUGGACCCGAAGCCGCCGUCCCGGUGGUGGAAGCACGAGCUGGCGGCGGCGCGGGCCCGGCUUUCGGCAGGCGCCAAGGGCGGAGAGCCCGCGGCAGCCCGCGGCGAGGGUGGCGGUCCGCGGAAGGGGACCAAGAGGAAGGGAUUCCGCUCGGGUUCCGCGGCCGAGAGGGCCAAGAAACAGCGGCGCUUACUUCAAUUUAGGUCCUUUCUGAAGAACAAGGAGAAAACUUGUAAGCCUCAGUCAACAUCUCGUUUACAUCAACACAUGUUGCAUAUGGCAUUGUUGAGAAAACAUAGAAGUUCUAUUGUUCAUACAAGGGCAGAACUUGGAUCAAGGAAGAAACUGGAUGAGGCAUGGGAUUGCAUGCUACCCCAUGAAAACAGUGCGAAAAGACGAAGCAGAGAAAGAAUGGACCCUUGUAAUGAAAUGCAAAGUAACCUUUUUGGGAGAAAGGAACCGAAUUCCUCUGUAAAUAAGCAAGGCAUAGAGGUCAAUGGGGCAACCAAUUAUCCUACAAAUACUGGCUGCGAAGUGGUGAAACAUGCUACAGGCCCCAAAGAUGAUAUUUUUGGAGAUCUCCCACUCCUGGAACUGGAAAACUCCAAGACUAUGUUUAGGACGGGUGUUGAUGAACUUCCAACUGUUAUAGAAGAAUCGUUUAUAACAAGUCAAAGUGAAGCAGAUUCUAUACCAGAAGCUGUACCCUUGAGACUGAUAGAUGCAUCUGACAUCACUGCUCGGACGCCGUCUCCUCUUGAAGACUUGGUGAAAAGUGAAGUUAGUCUUGACAAUGAGCCAGCAUUCGUCUCUCACAAUGAUGGGACAGGAAGUCACCCUGCCAUUUUUGGGAUUGAUUGUGUGCCACAUCAUAAGAAUAUCAGUGUGGUGAAACCAGGUCUUGGUGAUACACAGUUGAAAUUUAACGGGUCGACCUUAAGUUCUCAUUCUGACCUGAGGUCAAAAUGUGGUUCUAGUGACCCUCUCCAGGGUUGUUUUGAUGCGAACAAAAAUUGCCACCAGGAAAUAAAGAAACAUGGUACAAGUUCUACUACCAUUUCACCAGCCAUGAGAACCAGAACUGAAGCAACUAAAUAUAAAGAUGUGUCAAUUAAGGGUAGGAAGAGUACUGAUAUCUCUGCAGUGGUCGCACUACCUGCACCCAUGAACCAUCUUUCGUCUCAAGUCAGUGUGUUGCCCUCUGCAGUAUCACAAGGGGUUUUCAAUACAAGAACCAAUACAAAUGACAUGUCUUCUAUCAGAAGUAUGCCUGCCAAGGAAUUCAUCCCAUCUACCAGACCUUCUGGUAACUUCAGAAGUAAUGUUGAUCCAUGUGCACCACUGUCCAAGGAAUGCGUCCCAUCGACCAGACCUUCUGGUAACUUCAGAAGCAAUGUCGAUCCAUGUGUGCCACUGUCAACAGAUAAACAGGGGAGCUGGUACUCAAAACUUCACCCAGUUUGCAGUCCUGCUAACAUUGGAAUGGCUUUUAUGAAGCUGCCUGGCCUUGAAAGAAUGGAGAUCUCAAACUGCAAUGUAGAGAUAGGUGAAAACAAAUUUAGGAGCGCACAAUCGAUGAACACAGUAAGAUACCAGAAACAACAGUUGGUUAGUGGCAUGACCAAUGUGAUGCAGUGUCAGAAAAAGAUCGGUCGAAGCAACUCUCAAGUUGGGAAAACAAUUCUGGAUGCUUGUCCGGCCCAAGGUAAUCAUCAUCUGCAGCAACCCACUGUGCGUUUGAUGGGUAAGACUGUCUCAGUUUGUAACCAUAGCAAGGACCAUAAUGUACCAACCAUGGGGAAAAUGAGUCCAGCAAAUGUCCCCAUUGAAGCAAAUUACCACUCCACAACGUCAUGUCAGUUACCCCAGAAGAGAUCAUUCCCUUAUCAGGAUUCUGUGGUAUCAAGAGUGCAUCUUAAUGAUUCUUCAGAUUUUUCAGCAAGGAUUCCUAACAAUAGUGUGUCAGGGCAAAAUACUAAUUUCAGUUGUCUCCAUAACCAAAGGCUGCAACCAAACAAUACUGCUUCUUCAACCAUAAAAGAUAGCACUUGGAAUUUUGGUAGUCAGUUUGUUCGUCAAGCUGAACUCAAUAAUUCAUCUAUGGUCAGCGCCAACUCCAAGAUCAGGCAUGUAGAGUUACAUCAACCACCUCAUCGGAUGAGCAUUCCUCAGAAUCAGCAGUCUCAUUUGUGGGCUUCUGAAUCACACAUGAGUAGGAAAGAUCAUAGUUUCGUGGGCUCAGCAGCAGAUCAAUGUUCUCCUGUUCCACAAUCGUUGAUAAAGGCAAGCAUGAAGGAAAAGUAUCAGAAAUCGGCUUUGUUGUCCUACGAAGAUCCUAGCUCCAUGCCUAUCCCCCAACCCUACCAGAUACCUGGGGAAAAUUUAUCUUCUGCACCCGCCAUAUCCUUUCUUGGCUACGGCGCGGAUAAUUCUUUGUCCAGAAGCUCGUCUCCUGGACUGAGUCUUUCUCUUACAACAGGUUUGGCAAAUAAGUCUGUUUCAACAGGCAGACCAACUUAUACGGGCAAUCUUACAAACACAGAUGGUAGGAAGGUUGCUGGCUUUGCUGAUCCGAUAAGCAAGGGACCAGCUUAUACAGAUAAUGUUUCACAACAACCUGCAAUGAGACAACUUGUUACAGAUAGACAUGAUUUUACUUCUAUGGGCCUAAACAUUGUGAACCAUUCACCUGGCUGGUCACUUAGUGAUGCAGUUGGUCCUCGCGUACUUGAUUUUAGUAAAAGAAUAGCGAGGGAUGUGCAGACAGCAAGAAAUGAAAGCAACAGUUCAAGGGCCAGUUCAGGUCCAGUUCCACCUGUCGAAUCAAGGUUGAGGGUUGGGGUGGUUGCAGGAGCCAAUACCAUGUUGAGGCAGGGUCAAAACCUGAACGAUCAUUCCAAACUGCUAUAUUCCACCAAAUUUUCAGUCGAUAAUGGUAUCAAUUCAGUUGUAUUAUAGUGGAAAGCACGAAAGAAAUAAUCAGUUGUCCUCAUUCAAGUUAUAGUCUGUAGUUUUUGAGUAUUCAAGCACAGGGAAGUUGUAAGAGCUCCACAUUUGCAAACAUGUUAGUUUAGCAAUUGAUGGAUUGAUUAAUUCUUGUAACUUUCCGUUCAAAUGUGCAAGAUUAUUUGAUUGAUUGAUCA